AUGGAAGCUGUAAUGAAGAAGCACCUGACGACCAAGGGUCUGAUCGAUAGAUUCUGGGACAACCUUAUCAAGGUAGGCAAGGAAAAAAUGACCCAAGCAUAUCUGAAAGCGCGUCUCGAGUUGCUUGAAUCAUACUGGCGACGAUUUGAGGGGGGUCAUUACAACCUGAUGGAUUAUGACGAGCAGGAAGUCGAGGACUACCUGAAGGACGAUCACUACACAGCGACUGAGGACAACUACGUGGCAAUCAAGUCGAAAUUGACGUCCGUAAUCAAGGAUGGGAGUGCCGUCGGGGGAAAGGAUCCGGCAUCCGCAACAUCCUCGCUUCUUAAGCACAUUCAACUGCCAAAGAUAAGCCUGCCUACCUUCAACGGCGAUCAAUUGGCCUGGGAGAGCUUUCGGGACUUGUUCCAAGCGCUCGUGGGUGGCGUGCCGGAUCUGGCCCCCGUACAGAAGCUGCAAUACCUGAAAGCGAGUCUGACUCACGACGCCGCCGCGGUCGUUGCUAACAUUGAGCUGAACGAUAAGGGCUUUGACUUAGCGUGGUCGGAGCUUGUGUCGCGUUACGACAACCGACGAGUUCUCCUAGCGAGUCACAUGCGCGCCUUUCUGACAGCCGCGCCGGUCAUUAAACCGUCGCCGGUCGAACUCAAGCGUCUGAGCAGCUCGGCGCUGCAGGCUCAACGCUCAUUUGAGUCUCUUGAGCGCCCAGUUGCCCACUGGGACGAUUGGUUCGUCCACGUCAUCGUGGAGAAGCUUGACUCAUCCUCGCGGCUUCUAUGGGAGGCCUCCCUGCAGACGUCCACGGAAUUUCCGACGCUCGGCGAACUGCAGGACUUCCUCCAGACCCGCAUCCGGGCCCUGGAAGCAGCAGCUCCUAGGACGACCGUCGGUACCCCCACUCCUGCGGGUAGAGCCGCUGAACGCAAAGGCAAGGUAAACGCGCUGGCGGCGUCGGCUUCCGACCAGUCAAAGCGCGGCAGGAAUUGUUCCAUGUGCCAAGGUAACCACCUCUUCAAUUAUUGCUUCAAAUUCAAAGAACUUUCGGUGCCUCAACGACGGGAGCAUGCCAAGAAGCAGGGCGCGUGUCUCAACUGCCUCAAGCUGAAGCACACGGAGUCUAACUGCCCGUCUGGUUAUCGAUGUCUGCGCUGCGGUGAAAAACAUCACUCAUUGCUUCACCUUUCAGAUGACUCGGCGACGUCAAGCAAAGAUACUACCGAGAAAAAGGUGGGCAUCAGUGCCACGCCUAAGGCGGACACGUCCGCGGGAACGGCAGUUACAUCUAAUGUGGCAGCCCUCGCCUGCGCGACCGAGAACCAGGUUCUGCUCUCGACGGCCCAGCUGACUUGCUCCAAUCCAGAAGGUGGCGAGUUGACCGUCCGCGCCCUUCUGGACUCCGGCUCUGAGGCUUCGUUCGUUACCGAGCGGGUCGCCCAGAGCCUCCGCCUCGCCAGGAGGCGAGUCCAGGUACCGGUGUCGGGUAUUCAGGGGGCAACCUCGGGCGUCGCCACGCACGCUGUCGCGCUCGAUGUCGGAUCACCCCGGGACCGCAACGUGCGCUUGCAUUUGCCGGCGGCGUUGGUGCUGCCCCGGUUGACGUCACGCCUUCCGGCUCGCCCUGUGACACGAGUGGGAUGGCCACACCUCGCCGGGUUGGCGCUCGCCGAUCCGGACUAUGGCAACCCUGCCACCGUGGACGUUAUCCUUGGAGCUGAGGCUUAUGGGUGCCUAUUGCGGGAGGGCCUCCGACGGGGUCCCGACGGCACGCCCUCAGCUCAGCAUACUGCCCUGGGAUGGGUUCUCUUAGGUUCAGCGCCGACCGAGACGACGAGCCUCAACCGGCGCGUCACAGCGCUUCACGCAACCAGCUCCUGGUCUCAGUUGGAUGAAGCCCUUCAGCGGUUCUGGCACCUUGAAGAGCUGCCUGUCGAUUCUGCCGCUACCCCGGAGGACCUCCAAUGCGAGAGUCAGUUUGCGGCUACGCAUUCCCGCGACGCGCACGGCCGGUAUACGGUGCGCCUGCCUAAGCGCGCGGACGACGGCAUUCGCCUGGGUUGCAAUCGGCAAGAGGCGCUCAUGUUGUUGACGAGUCUGGAGCGGCGCCUGAUGCGCAAUCCAACGCUCCGAGAACUAUAUGUGGCCUUCAUGACCGAGUACCUGCAGCUGGGUCACAUGUCCGCUGUCCCGACCGCGAAGAUACGCCAACCCGAUGCCUACUAUCUGCCGCAUCAUGCGGUCUUCAAGAAGGAAGACCCGUCAAGGAAGAUACGCGUUGUCUUCAACGCAUCAUACCGCACUGCCACGGGCUAUUCACUCAACAACCUACUUCUCGCCGGGAAGAAGUUGCAGUCAGAACUCUGGGUGACUCUUUCCCGCUGGCGCCUUUUCAAGUACGUCUUCACGACGGACAUCGUGAAGAUGUUUAGACAGAUCUUAGUCCACCAAGACGACACCGAUUUGCAACGCAUUUUGUGGCGAUCGGAUCCUAGCAAGGAGGUGCAGGACUAUCGCCUGCAGACGGUGGUCUACGGCACCGCUUCAGCCCCCUACCUGGCACUGCGGACGCUUCUACAGCUAGCUGAGGACGAAGGUCCUCGAUUUCCCCGCGGCGCCAGCGCUAUCAGGACUCAUUCGUACGUGGACGACAUCCUCCUGGCAGGUGGCCACACCCGUGAGGAGGCGUUGGAAACCAAGCAUCAAACGCAAGCGAUCCUCGCCGCUGGCGGGUUCGAACUGAGCAAGUGGGCGGCAAAUAUCCCCGAACUCUGCCCCGGAGAGUCUAACGAGAAGGUCUUCUACGAUCGCGAGGGAGUCAGCACCCUGGGUGUCCUGUGGUCCCCUCGAGACGACUGCUUCUCUCUGCGGGUGGCCGUUGUCGGAUCGGCGGAUGCCCCUACUAAGCGGACGGUGUUGUCGGACGUGGCGCGAUUCUUUGACCCACUCGGGUGGGCCGCUCCCGUUCUAAUUUUUGGUAAAAUCUUUAUACAGGAUCUCUGGAUGGCUGGACUCGCCUGGGACGACCCGUUGCCAGAGCAACUACGAACCGUGUGGUCGGGUUAUGCCGCCGCCUUGCCUCAACUGGAGUCGCAGCGCAUUCCACGCUUCGUGGACUACCCUGGGCCGGGAAACACAGCCGAGCUGCAUGGCUUCUCAGAUGCCGCCAACCGCGCCUAUGCAGCAACCGUCUACCUCCGCUGUAUGAGCUCUACAGGUGUCGUAUCGGUGAACCUCUUGAUCGCCAGGGUGGCACCGGUCAAGACGGUCUCCAUACCCAGACUGGAAUUGUGCGGAGCCGUGCUAUUGGCACGCCUCCUACGCACGACCGCACGCGCGCUGGAGCUGGAGAACGCCCGAAUCUAUGCGUGGACUGACUCGACCGUGACACUGGCGUGGCUCCGUUCCCACUCUGCGCGUUGGAAGCCGUUCGUGGCGCACAGAGUGGCGGAGGUGCAGGACUUAGUCCCUCCGGCGCAGUGGAGAUACGUGCCGUCAAGGGACAACCCGGCGGACGCGGCUACGCGGGGCAUUCCGCCUGCGGAAUUGGCGAGCCUUGAUAACUGGUGGACUGGGCCGCCCUGGCUUACGAGUGCGGAUUAUUCAACGGCCGAACCUGGCCCGACCGGUGACGAUGCUGCGGAGGAGGAACUCCGCCCACGAGCGACGCUCGUCGCCAGACCGGAAGACGGCAACGACAUCAUGCGCCGUUAUUCAGUAAUGAUGCGACUGUUGCGUGUAUCCGCCUUCUGUCUUCGGUUCGCGCACAAUGCGCGCUCUGCCGAGAAAAGGUCGGGUUAUGUAUCGGCGGAGGAACUGGGUGUAGCCCGCAAGCGGUGGGUGCGGAUCGCCCAGGAGGAGGACUUCCCGCAGGAGACAACCUGCCUCAGGGAGAAAAGGCCGCUUCCGGCCAAGUCGCCGCUAUUACCGCUUCGUCCAUUCCUGGACCCAGAGGGACUGCUGCGAGUGGGCGGUCGCCUUCAGCAAGCGCUCCUCCCAUUUGACGAAAAGCAUCCCUACGUUUUAUCCAAAAGAAGUCACCUCGCGCUUCUCCUCGUGCGCGAGGCACACGCGAACUCGCUUCACGGAGGGCCCCAGCUGACCCGGAGCCUUCUCCUGCGGCGGUAUUGGAUCUUGCAGGCGGGUUCCUUGGUUCGCUCGGUCGUUCAUGACUGCGUGCGCUGCACCCGAUACCGAGGAGUCAACGCCGAACAACAGAUGGGUCAUCUGCCUCCGGAACGCACGCGACCUAGUCGCCCCUUCUGGUCCUCUGGCGUUGAUUAUGCCGGCCCAUUGCCCCUUCGCACCUGGAAGGGUCGCGGACAUAAGUCCGUCAAGGGCUACGUCUGCCUGUUCGUGUGUCUGUCCACCAAGGCCGUUCAUUUGGAGGCUGUGUCCGAUCUCUCCUCCGGUUCCUUUCUCGCGGCCUUCCGACGGUUUAUUUCCCGUCGAGGCCGCUGCCAACGCCUUAUCAGCGAUAAUGGGACGAACUUCAGAGGAGCGGCUGGGGAGUUAAGGGCGAUGUUCCGAGCAGCCUCCACCUUCUACACGGAGUGCGCGGCGAGCCUCGCCAACGACGGGACGGAGUGGGCCUUCAUCCCUCCGGGAGCCCCCCACUUUGGAGGAUUGUGGGAAGCUGGCGUCAAGUCAGUGAAGUACCACCUGAGGCGGGUCAUCGGUGACGCUUGCCUCACCUUCGAGGAGCUGACGACAUUGUUGGCGCAGAUCGAGGCCUGCCUUAACUCUAGGCCGUUAUAUGCCAUCAGCAGCAGCCCCUCCGACCUUGCUGCCUUGACCCCGGGUCACCUAUUGAUCGGGGAAUCAUUGACAGCCGUACCGGAGCCCCGAGCGCCUGAACCUGCCUCCAAUCGCGUGACGACGCGCUGGUCGCUGACCACCGCCAUGCGCGACCACUUUUGGCGCAGAUGGUCGUCCGAAUAUAUCCACCAUCUGCAGCAAUUGAAUCGCUGGAGACGGCCAGCACCCAACUUGGCCGUGAACGACUUAGUUCUACUUAAAACCGAGCUGCAACCGCCCACCAAAUGGGCGCUUGCCCGAAUCACCGCUCUCUAUCCGGGACCCGAUGGUCUCGUCCGAGUAGCGAGCGUCAGGACGUCUGCUACAGUACUGAAGCGACCGAUCACGAAACUCGUGCCCCUGCCUGUACCAAGAGACGCAGACAGGCCUCAGUAG